AUGUGCUGCCAUGCACGCUCUACCACAUCUGUGCUCUUCCAUGGCUGCUCUCUGCCACAUCUGUGCUUUGCCGUGCAUGCUCUGCCAUGUCCACUGUCUGCCGUGACUGGUGACAGUUUUCUCAGGGAGCACCAACAGUUUUGUGGAAAGAACAGAGGCUGCACUACGCCUGUAGAUGUAGAGACAGGAUGCUUCUCAGCGCUCGCUUCCUCAGCCAGGAGCGCGACUGACCCUUCAUCGGUGCAGCUCCUUGUAGGACUGGGCCUCGCACAGCGGUGGGCCGGUGGCCCUUCAGCUUUCUCUCUCCUCCAGGUGCCCUAUGAAACACUGAAUAAGUGCUUUCGAGCUGCUCAGAAGAACAUCGACCGUGAGGCGAGCCAUGUCAUGGUGGUGGCCAAGCUGGAGAAGACCUUAAGUGGCUGCCCUACCGUGGACUCUGUGGUCAGCCCUGACGGCAUGGUGGAAAAGCUUAGCAUCCUCAAGUGGAAGGCAGUGGAGUCCAUCCAGACUGAGGACGAGAGUGCCAAACUGUACAAGCGCAGGAUCAAGCACCUCAAGGAGCACAGCAGUGACCAGCCUGUGGCAGCCAGCAUAUUAAAGAAAAAGCACAUGGACCACCUAAUGGUGGAGCAGCUGCUGUGGUGCAGUUAUUACAACACGACCGUGAGGCUAGCUCAGCAAAGCAGCAUCAAGCUGUUAAGCAAGGUAAUAUCAGACUUCUCUGCCAUGGUCAGCACCAGUCUGACCAAGAAGGAUGCUCACAGCACAGGGGGUGCUGAUGCCAAGGUCUGA